AUGGGUAAUUUUAGAUUUCCAAUUAAAACCAAGCUUCCACCAGGAUUUUUGAAUGCUAGAAUAAUUAGAGAUAAUUUUAAAAGACAACAAGUUGCAGAAAAUGAAAUUACUGUAAAGGCCCUAAAAUAUAUAUCUAGAAAUACAGCAUUACCUCCAAAGGCUAGGUUAGAGGCCCAGUUACAAUUGAGUGUUAUGCCAAAUUAUACCAGAAUGACUCAAGUGAAAAACAGAUGUAUUGCCUCAGGUAGUGCUAGAUCUGUGAUAACUGAUUUUAGAUUGUGUAGAACUCAAUUUAGGGAGAAGUCAUUGGCUGGUGAGUUACCAGGUGUUAAAAAAGGUAUCUGGUAG